UCUAAUACCUAUGUAAAUUAUAUGUUUUGUUAUUGCUAAGUAGUUUAUUUUCCUAUAAGGGUUGGAGUUUCCAAAAAUCUCGUGAAAUUCUUAAAAUUCACGAAAUAUUGCCUGUAAAUUUUAGCUUUUUAAGACGAUCAAACGAGCCAUGUACUGUACACUGUGCCGAAUAAAAGUAAAUGAGUCGGAUGAGCUGGAGCAUGUGAAUAAUAAAACCCCAUUUUCAAAGAAAACCGUAUAUGCAAUCAUUACAUAUUUAGCAAAAUCAGCUAAGCCACCUAUAGAUGUAGCGCCGGCUGGUCAACCUUUCAAGUACAUUUGUAAGGCAUGUUAUAAUGACAUCUUGACGUAUGAUGAAUACAUGCUUAAACUAUUAGAAAUACAGAAGCGUAUCCUUUCGUCCCUUCGAAAUCCGAACGAAGACAUUCCACCAUUAGAAGAAUUUGCAGAUAUCGAUGCAAAAAUUGAAAUAAGUGUUCAAAACAAUUUCGAAUCAAGUGACGACUGUGACAAUGCUGAAGAAAACAAAGAAUCGUUCACUCGUCAUGACGCAAAGGUCGGUUCCAACGUGGACGAUAGCGAUGAUUUUAAAAACUCUCAAGAUGCAGAAAGUAAGAGUGAAUUAAACGAAAGUAUAGAUGCAUCUAUCUCUAGCAUUCGGCGGUAUAAGGUCCCAGCUAAAUGUAAAAGAUGUGACAAAAUUUUUAAAAAUAAAUCGCAACUGCGACGACAUAUGAGCGUUGUACAUAAACCUUCUAAAAAAAUUUGGAAAUGUGAAGUUUGUGGAAUUAUCACAAAAGAUGAAGAAUACCUUGAGCUACAUAAAAACAUUCACGAAGGUAAAUCAGAUUUAGAGUGCCGGUUUUGCAACAAACGUUAUGCUCGUAAAAUCAAUGUUAUACGUCAUAUGCAAAAACAUUGGGACAAAAAGAAAUUUCAGUGUGAAAGAUGUGGUUUGAUGUUCUCCGAAAUUCCAAUUUACUAUAAUCACAAACUACAACAUGAAGCGGAAGAGGACCCUCUCAUCUGUAAUGUAUGUAACCAAUCAUUCAAAACUCGUCGUACGUAUAGAAGACAUUUAUGGGUACAUCGUGAGGAUCGACCACGCUUUAGCUGUGAAAUUUGUGGGAAGACCUUUGUUGAAAAAUACACGCUUAAAGUGCAUUUAAAGUGUCACAGUGACAAAGAAGAAGAACGUGGACGUGGACGUCGAAAAAUCAUAAAUGAAUUAAAACAACAACAGAAGGCGUUUGAAUGUAUUAUAUGCGGAAAUCAAUUUUCUUCCCAAGACCUAUGUGAUGAACAUAUGAAAGCUCAGCAUGACGUAAUUUUGAGAGCUGAAAACAUUUUUAUAUAAAAUAAAGUUAAUUUUCCUAAGA